AUGGAAAACCCGAGGACGUAUCUUUUCGAAUAUGGAAACCAUGAUUGCAACUACAUGCGUUGGGGGCGCAAUGGAGGAAGCUACCAAUCUUCUGCAUGUGCUUACUCUCUGAGUCCAUGUCCGAACUCGGAGCGUAGGGGGCUUCUGUUAUGGGAAGAUCAGAGACGUCUCAGCUCCGAGACAAUACAUACAUCGAAGUCGGUCCUACAGUCAGGGUCGCACCCACAUCAAUGGUUCCGGGGUCGCAGCCGCACUCCACAGGACCACAACAACUACCAUUCCCUCUUCUCCUCUCAUCAGGAGUCGUUUGGCACCCACAUAAUCUUCGAUUUCGUAAAAUGUCGUCGAGAAGAGCUGCCGCUGCCGCUGCUCAAAAGGGUGGGCCCCACAAUAUACAGCAGCAGAACCAUUUUCGAGGAUGCAACUCCAGAAUUGGUUAGAGAUUUCUUCUGCGAUGAUGAUUUUCGAGCCAGAUGGGAUCACAUGCUUGCGUACUUUAAACUUUUGGAGGAAUGCCCUCUUAUAGGGAUGGCAAUUGUUCACUGGAUAAAGAAGUUCCCUUUUUUCUGCAGUGAUCGAGAAUAUAUCAUUGGUCGACGAAUAUGGGAAUCUGGGAAGACAUUUUACUGUGUGACAAAGGGGGUUCCAUAUCCAGCAUUACAAAAGUGUGACAAGCCAAGGCGUGUGGAACUUUAUUUCUUGAGCUGGCGCAUCAGGGCCGUGGAAUCUCGUAAAGGGGACGGACAGUUAUCUGCAUGCGAGGUGUCCCUCGUCCAUUAUGAAGACAUGGGAAUCCCUAAAGAUGUAGCAAAGGUUGGCGUCCAUCAUGGGAUGUGGGGGGCCGUUAAGAAAUUACAGUCUGGCAUGAGAGCUUGCCAACUUGCGAGAAAGUCAGAAGCCUCACUAUCUCCAAGCACGCUGUCAGCAAGGAUAACCACUAAGAUUUCUGUUGAUGAUGGCAUCAAUUCUCCAGACCCAGCAUCCAGGAUGGAAGGAAAAGGUCAAGCAUUGGAUUUGCACGGGGAAGAUAAAGGUGUCCAGUGGAAAUGGGUGGUUAUAGGUGGGACGGUUGCUCUCAUCAGUGGACUUCAAACAGGUAUCAUUGGUAGAGCCUUGUUGCUUGGUGCAGCACAGAGGAUCGCACGACGGUAGGCUAGUUUUUGUUAUCUUUCAGUCCAUGGGAGUCGUGGAUCCCUGAUCAUAACAUCUUCAAUGCAUGUAUUGUUGUGAAUGGGAGAUGAGCCUGCAUACAUAAAUCUAUAUUUACAUAUAAUUCUUUUUAAGUGAGAUUUGGAUCACUAAGUCAUGGCCCUCUAUCUGUAAACCAACCGAACUUCUUUGUCGUGUUUAGCAUCCUACCUUAUUAACAUGGUGUGUAUGCACAUGCCCACCAUCCAUUUUCAUAGAAGUGGUGGGAAGUUCCAUCUAUGAGCAUUUUCCAGAUGAACUGGUAUGGAUUAGA